AUGCUUUUCGCUUUUACUUACUUAUUUGGAAUACAUGAUGAAUCCUAUCGUUUUAAUCAAUGCAGUGGAGAAGUGACCAAUCCCGAUAAUUUCUUUGGGCAAUAUGUGACGGCCUGUGGAUUUGGAUAUCUUUGCAACAAUGGUUUGGAAAAUUCGACUGGUUUGAAUGUUCCCAGGAAUCUAGGACCUUGUCCAUCUUGUUCAUGUGAUAAUGACUGCUUUUCUAGAAAUGAGUGUUGUCCUGAUAAACUGUUUACUCGACCAUGGACAGCAUGUGAAUCUACCUCAAUUAAUAGUCUAUAUGAAACUUAUCUAGUCAAGUAUCCUUUGAUAGGCAAAUGCCCUGUAAAUGCUUUACAUGAGGAUACGCUGUCAUGUUAUGACCCAGAUAAUCGUAUCACUGCGUCCACAUAUCAAUACAGGCAUAUACCGGUGAAUUCCAAUCGAACACAACUGUCUUAUAAGAACAUUUUCUGUGCCUUAUGUCAUGCAGAAGAUCCAGCAGAUUUAGACAAAUGGGAUAUAUACAUCAGCAAUAGCAGCUGUGAACCAGAAGUGUAUAACAUUGAAUCUUCGUUCUCCUUUUCCGAGUUAGCCGAUCAUAGACUUCAUACGUUUUGUGAUACAUGGUAUAUACCUAAAUCUUACAAUGUAGUUCCCCAAUGUUCUAGUAAAGAUAAAAUCAUAUAUAACGAUUGCAAUAUAACAGGAACUUGGACAGCUUUUAACGUUGACAUAUAUCAUGCUUGCCGCUCAGGCUAUGGUCCAUCUUUUCGAUUAUACAGUAAUAUAUUUUGUUUUAUGUGUAAUCCACCUAGUAGACAACACAUUCCGCUCAUAUCUUCUUGCAAUUCAAACAUAUUGAAUACAAUGUAUGGGAGUGAUCUGAUCACUUUGUGUAACAAACAAGAAUUGUCAUCUAUAACUUUUCCUUACAAAAAUGUAUUUUGCUACCUCUGUCACUUGGUAAUGAAAGAUGACCUACUUCACAAACCUUUUUCUGCGACAGACAACGAGUUUCUGUUGGGAAAGUCCGUCGUUUACACUUAUAAAAAUAUUCGGCUGAACAAUUUGGAUCAUGUUGUAAAAAAACGCGCUGAUGUUUCUUUAGAGUUGCCUGUUUUCUAUGACAAAACUUCGUUGGUUUUGAAUGGUGUUCAUUACAAUCUGUCUUCUCUGCUACUGACAAAAGUGUUAUCAUCUCUAACAAAUAUUUGCAAUAAAAAUCUUCUUCCUCGUAAUAUUCGUAACUUAACCACACAGAACUGUGACUGUGAUCCGAAAUGUCUUUUUACCAAUAAGUGCACCUGCUGUGUGGAUGUUUCAAUAUCAUACCCAUUAGAGUGCUUGACGUCAUUAUUUGUAGUAACAAAUGGAUGUUAUGGUGAUAAACACAUUGGCAAACCGUAUUUUUCUACUAUUAAGUUUCUCUGUGAAUCAAAUACCGUUUACGGAUCUCUUCCAGUAGUCUUUGAUGGGAUAGACUACAAGAAUAUUUUCUGUUAUAUUUGUAACAGCGAUUAUAAAGUUGUGAAUGAUACACUUGUUGUUCCUUCCGGCUAUUACAUCAGAGAUACGAUUAUCACAUGUGCCAAAACUAUUCCUUUGUCGUAUAGCGUCACAUUCGAUGAUAUAUUAACACAUGCACGAAAUUCGAGGUGUAAAUUUACAUUCGAUACAAAAGACGAUACUCCAAGAGGAUGUGUACAGUAUCAUCGCCAACGUUGUGAUUUAUCGCCUGAUGUACCCAUAGAAUUAUUUGAAGUCUGUCAUACAUUGUCGGAUGAAAAUCUGUAUCCAUAUGCACAGUAUAAGAAUGAGAUUUGUUAUAUUUGCGAUAACUAUGACAGAAGGAAAUCUUUAAAUGACACAAUUCAAACAUGCAGUGCCGCUUAUGGUAACACAUCACUUGCAAGCGUGUGCUAUGAUUUGCCGAUGUCACAGUCAGACAUCAUAUUUCCGUACAAGAAUUCCUUUUGUAAACUUUGUAAUCAGGAAUGUUUUCCUAAUUGUCAUUUCGAUGAACCGAGUCCACCAGUGCCAGACUGCCUAGGUGAUGUGAGUGCAAUUGGUAUCGUGGAUCCCCCAUCUUUACGACAAGUUUUUGGAAUUCCGGUGGAAGAGAUUAGCAUAAAUCAAGAAGAAUCACACGUCGUUCUUAAUUAUACACAAAUGUUUGAUAGGAUAAAUCAUAAAUAUCGAUCCAUUACAUGUUUUCCUGGACGCAUGUUAACACCGGAUGGAUGUAAGGUACGUGACAUGAUGGAGAAAGUAGGAGAAUACGUAUUCAUGGUGAAAACAGUAGGCAGAGUCAUCAACAAGAACAACUACGGAUCUAAAAUUCUAUCAACAUUAGAAAUAUUUUUUAGAAACGAGAUGGCGGUAUUCUUAAGAAAUGAAAGAUAUUUUUUAAGAGAAAUAAGAAUGUACUCAGACGUUGCUUGUAAGUCGGUUUACAGUAAGGCUUCAGAUACUAUCGUCAACUACACGAUUUUCACAAAGAUAACUAUUUCACCACUUGACAUAAUUUACACAUUAAAAGGUCGAUUAGAAAAUGAACUAAUAUCGAUUAAUAACAAAAUUCUAAAUAAAACUGUAUUCACUUUAUGUGGACAAAAUGAAAAGUGUCUAGAAAACGUUCCUUUAUAUUCCGUAGAAUACUCGUCAAAGAAGUUUUUAGCAUUAACACACAUGUCUUUUUGCAGAUAUGAACAUGAGAGCAAACGACUUUCCUUUCACACUCCAAUUACCUAUAUAACAGAACAACUCACAUGUCGUCAUGUUGAAUUUACAAUGAAAGAAUGUAUCGUUGAUGAACAAAAUGGGAUACUUAGUAUUCGUUCACCUUCAAUGACACUUUACCCAGGAAUGUAUUUGAUACGAAGAGGCGAUACUGUAAGCUUCUGUCUCGAUCGUCUCCUCGCAUACUCUUUCAAUGUGCCUUCUGUUAACCAACCCGUGGAUAAAACCUUGCGCAUGCUUACUCUUAUUUGUAGUUUGACAUCUUUGGUGUGUCUGUGUUUAACAUUUAUGACAUACUGUAAGUUCGCCAUACUUCGAACAUUACCAGGGAAAAACUUGAUGGCGCUUGUUUUUAAUUUAUUCGUGGCUCAGUUUAUCUUUAUAAUGGGAAAUAACAUGAUAGAGAAUCAAUCAUUAUGCAAAAUAAUUGGAGUAUUACAGCACCUGUUUUGGCUUGCCAUGCUAUUUUCUUUCAUAGUAACCUGCUUUCAUAUGUUUAGAGUAUUCAAUACAAUGCAAUGUAGACAAACAUUUCCACUCCGGACAUUCAUUAAGUAUAUCAUCUUUAUCUACAGUGUUCCCGUUGGAAUAAUAGGACUUUCCAUAGUGACGUCCUUGUUAAUCUAUGACGAUAUGGGAUAUGGGGGGCAAAUGUGUUUUAUUUCUCAUGAGUAUUUAAGAUGGAGUGCAUUCAUAUUUCCUAUCCUCCUCACAAUGUUUCUUGACUCAUUAUUUCUUGCAUUAUCAAUGUACCGAAUCAUGUCUACCAGGAAAGUGUCGUCGUCAAAUCAGGAAAGAAACAAUUUGUUCAUAUUCUUUAAGCUAUUUGCAAUAAGUGGUGGCUUAUGGGGUUUUCAGAUUUUAGAUGCCUUUUUGGAUUUAUCUAUGUUUUCGUAUGUUAUCAGUGUUCUCAACUCUUUCCAGGGUUUAUUUAUCUUCAUAAGUUUUGUAUUAAAUAAAAGAACGCUUAAAUUGAUUGUACAUAGGAACGCACCGUUAUCAGAAAAUACGUCAUCAUCAAAUAAGGAAGUGCGACGGCCAUGUGCAAUAAACGAUGAUAUUAUGAAUGGUAAUACUGUGUAUCUCAAUACUGAGCAAACAGGUGUAACUGAGAAUACUCAUUUCUAAGUAAAUAAACUCAUCAUAGAUACCAGGACUAAAUUAAGUAUAUACGCCAGACGUAGUACCUUUUUGACCGAGCAUGCAUCUAGUUAGGAUCUGGGUAGCAUGCAUAUCAAAAUAUAUUUGACGCUGUUGAAUGACUUUAUUUUCCAAUGUGUUCGCAAUACUUAGUUGUUGAUCUUAUGUGCGCAGAUCAUUUGUUUUGAUUAUUUUUUUCUUUGUUGUUA